UUCAUCUCGAAACGCGGCAAAUUCUGUUGACUUAUCUGCAAGUUCUCGCUUUAAUGUUUCUUUGUCCCUUUUCUCUUUGUCUAAUUUACUCGCGCUACUUGCUCUAUCCGUUCUAUCCAUUCCAUCGAUCGUAUCUACGCCACUUGCUCUAUCAGUUCUAUCCACACUAAUUCCAUUUGCUUUAUCUACUUUUGCCUGGUCCAAGAGUUUUGAGAUGUCUGUUUUAACUGACGGAUCGUACCCUGUGUAAUCGUUAUAUUUUAGAUAUGCAUAUUAAAUCAAUAAUUUUUAGAUAUAUUUUUUUUUCUAGUACCGUCCGCUUGUGUUCCAGAUGUUCUUAUUCUUCUUACCAGUUUACCGUCUACUCUCCCUUCCGUGUAUCGGGGAUCGGACGGAUCGAUCGAACUUCUCUGAUCUUCAUCGCGCUUAGCAUCCACCGUUGCACUUAUAAUCUUUUCGUCCGCGGUCCCGAUCAAAGUGCUUACUUUGAGAUCGGAUCUCGUUGCUAAUUCUUUCAAAACCCAUGGUGAUUCGGUAGCUGGAAGCUUUGUUGAUUAUCUUUGAGCAGUGGUUUGCGCAUAAAUAAGUCAAAUGAACGUAUUUUUUAUCAAGGAUAUAAUCGAUAUUGGUCGUACCUAGUUUCCUUAGCUGAGCUUUUACUACGGGGCACCGCGGAUUACAUUUAGGCAUUUAAGUGAAUUUUAAUAAUCAGUCAAAACAUUAUCCAUGAUCUUCCAUCUGAAAUACCGAUAAUCUUUUUCGGAUGUCUGACGGCUCGUUAACGCGUGACUGAUAGGUUGACAAACGACUUUCGUGUUUCAAUUAUCCUGUUAUUCCCUCCCUAAAUUGUAUUACGAAAUAUUCGAAUAGAAGCUGACUCUUACACACAGAUGUGUUCUGAAUUAUCGAAUGAAAUUCGCAAAGCAAGAAUUUGCGAAGGACAAUGUUCCAACAGCGAAAUCUUGAAUUCGGUUAGUUGCGAAAAUUUCGAAGAAUGCAGAAGAACGCCGAUCAUUGACGAAGAUGAUCAAUUACCCUCGCAUUACUUGGAGAAAAAUAUCUUUUAUUUGUUAUUACCGGCGGUAGAGGAAACCCUUAAAGAGGCAUCACGAUGGAACGCGCUUCGUAUACAAAAAUGUCGAUUCAAUGGCCUGGAUUACAUCGCGGAAUUGUUAUGGAAUUUUAAUCCGCGACGGUCGAAGAUACAUUCGCCGUUGUUGAAUGUUUUUGAAAUACCAGCGUUUAAAGAAUAUUUGCUCCAACACCCUAGACCGUACUAUCCAAAAUCGUGGUUGUGGUCUGAAGGACACGCAGCUUUGCGCAUACAGAGAUAUGUACGUGGAUGGUUGGUCCGGAAACGCGAAGACGUUCAAGAGAUGAGGCAAUUUUGGAAGGUAGAUAUACUUUAUUUUACAUUAUUUUACAUUGCAUCGCGUUAUAUCCCGUUAUAUACAUGUGUCUCUUUAAACAGAAUAUCGCUGGGAAAAAAUUGGAUCAGUUGCCAGGAUCACCAGGUAUACUUUGUCUUGUGUCUGUAGCAUUAAUGUGGUUACCAAA